UGGUCCACAAAUAUCUAUUAUGACAUACAACGUUUUUGCCUUGUGCGGCCACUGGCGUUUUCGGGAUUCUAAUGGUUUUCCAAUGAUUCACUUUCGGUAUCCUAUUCUAACGCACGAGAUUGGGACUUACCGACCCGAUAUUGUUUGCCUACAAGAGAUUGAUAGGAGAGAAACACGGAAGCUUCAAGAACGCCUCGGCAUGCUUGGAUACUCGAUGGUUUUUCUGUACCACAACACAGUGAACACUAUGGCAGUAUGUUACAGAAACAACUUGUUCUCAGAGGUUCGACAAGAACAAAGCUACUACUCUGUCUUGACGUCAAACGAUUUAGCAGGUAAUGACCAUGGCCGUCAUUGUGUGAUGAUGAUGUGUUUAUCUUUUAACGAGGAUUUCUUGGAAGGGCAUUCACAGCCUCUGAGAAACGGGCUCAUCAUUGUCAACACACACCUUCCUUGUGGAGAACAUCAAUCAAAAAGUCGAACACGACAAACCGCCGCCCUCAUGAAAAGCAUCAAGGAAUUCUCAGAGAGCCUUGGGGCAGAAAACGGAUAUUCAGACUGCUAUACGUUUCUUGCCGGAGACUUCAACUCUGGUCCUAGUAGCUCUGCAUACCAAUCUUUGGUCUCCAAGCCUUUUGAGUUUAGCCCAGACACCAAUUGGGACUCUUCCAUACAAGCGAAAAUCGAGCAGGCACAUAACCGCAUUGACUUGCGUGCAACAUCGCUCUAUUCAGUGGGCUACCAUCUAGUGAAUCUGAGAAAUUCCGGGAUUGACAAUGACAGGAACGAGCCGCCAUUUUCGUUCUGGGGCCCGGAUAACCGAGGUCUUCUCGACUAUAUAUUUGUUAUUUGCAGAUGGUCUGGAGACGACAAAAAAGGGGUGGAUACCCUUGAGGAGCUUUCGGAAGCUGGAGACGUCAAGCUUUUGGGGUUACUUCGCAUGCCUCGUGCCGAGGAGAUGUAUGGAUCCAUUCCCCAGGUGGGCAUGUAUCCAUCAGAUCAUCUUUGUAUGAUGGCUGAUCUCGAAUUGCUUUGAGAUUUCUAUUGCAGAAAAAUUAGUAACCCACCGGAACCCAGUUGGCAGGAAGCAUGCAAAUUGCCCUUGCUCCCAUAGUAGUGUGGAGACGUCGCUUCAAAACUUUAUGCGUAAAUUGUCUUGUGAUGCAAGAGCCGGCCUUCGCGCUUGGCCAGAGUAUGCCUAUGCUCUAAACUGCUUAUUCUUCUCUGAAUAGCACCAGCUCCAAAUAGGAGCUAUUCCGAAAAAUGUUCGGAACCUGAGGAUAUCACUAUAUCCACAGACAUCGCCCAACUGGAACAGCUUCAAUGGGCGAAAAACUUGUAUCACCCCAAAAGACUCACGUAUAUAAUGUAAGCCUGACUUCAAAUAUUUUUGAUGAGCUGGAAGAUUCAGAAACACUGGACUUUACACCUUGAAACUUUUGGUUUCCA